GAGCCAACCAAGCCAAACCAUUUGGGGCCACUGUCCUUUUAUCCUCAUCCAUUCCUCUCUCUCUCUCUCUUUGCUGAGCUCAACUCUCGCUCCAUUGCUUCGGGGCUUUACAGUUCAAGGCUGAAGAAGACUCUAUUCCUCGAAUACCCUUUCAUCGGAAUCAGCAGAGGGUUUUAGGGUUUCAAGACAGUCCCAGUUCCUUUCCUCCCUCAAACCUGUCAUGCUUCUCACUCUCCCCUGCAUUGGACUUGAAUCUCGUUCCCAAUGUACGCCGCCCACCCCCACCACCACCACCACCACCACCUGGAGAUCCCCGACCAGAUCGCUGGCGAAGAGGACGCCGCCUCCGUCUCCCCCGCCGGAGACUCCCUCGACGACUCCCGCAUCCACUACGAGCACCAUCCCGCCCUCCUCACUGGCGGCUCCGCCAUAGAUGAAGUCCCUCCCGAGGCGGCUUAUGUGUCCGGCGACGGCACUGACCUGGCGGUUCCCGGCCACGAGGAUGAUUCUAGCCAGCUCACGCUGUCCUUCCAAGGGCAGGUCUACGUCUUCGAUGCCGUUACUCCUAAAAAGGUUCAUGCGGUGUUACUGCUGCUGGGUGGAUAUGAGUUGUCUUCGGGCUCGCAGGGCGUUGAUAUGAGUUUGCAGACUCAUCGGGGUGUUGUGGACUUGCCCUCGCGCUGCAGCCAACCGCAGAGGGUCGCCUCAUUAAAUAGGUUUCGGCAGAAAAGAAAAGAGCGGUGCUUCGACAGGAAAGUUAGAUACAGCGUCCGCCAAGAAGUUGCACUCAGAAUGCAACGGAGCAAAGGUCAAUUCACGUCAAUAAAGAAGUCCGAAGGAGACACUAGCUGGGGUUCUGGACAGGAAUCAGGACAAGAUGAUGUGCCACAGGAAAGCUCUUGUACGCAUUGUGGCAUAAGUUCAAAGUGUACACCGAUGAUGCGGCGGGGCCCAUCUGGACUGAGGUCUCUUUGCAAUGCCUGUGGAUUAUUUUGGGCCAACAGGGGAACUCUAAGAGAUCUUACUAAGAGACCCCCAGAUCAUGCCCUAACCUCUGUCGAGCAGAAUAUGCAGGGAGGCGAAAGGAAUGGCUUGGAAGGAAUGUGAUCUCAUAUGCAGCGCAGAUUAGUUGGUUUCUCAAACGGGGAGCAGUAGAGUUUCUGGGGAUUUCUUUCUUUCCUUCUGCUAGUUUUGAUUAAGUGUACAGGUAUCGUACUCGGCCCUGAUGGACAAGUUUUAUUCUCCUUGUACCUCGUCAUUGGACACAUUGCCUCUAGUGGACCUUUGAACAUAAUAACAUGUACUGCAUUAGGGGUAGUAAUCUACACAAACUCUUCCCACAGCCGGUUUAGAGUAAGUUCGUGCAUUUUUAGGGUUGCAUGUCCUUGCAAGUGCCGCCUUUUGCUAUACGGACUGUUAAUUUACGAAGACCAGUCAUACAACAUGAUAGUGAAACAAGCUUGUCCGAGGAUAGCCCAACACUGCAUUAUUUUAUGGUCUGUUUCUGUUUGAGUAGACACGGUUAAGGGAAGGUGGGUCUGGUAUGAAAACAAAGAUCGGAGGAUGUAUUUUCGGAAUCUCAGGUUUUUCUCAAGGUAUGCUAUGAUGAUUAUGAUUGGGAUU